UCCACGCUGGAGCGCGUGCGACGAGGACCUCAGCAAACAUGUAAGCAAACCUAUUUUCCCUGAAUUUCUUUAAAGAAAAAACCCCUCCAAACGACCGUUUAUCCGCCGGCGCAUAGGCCUAACUAUGUGAAUGAAGAUGGGCGAUUGGAACUUAUUAGGGAGCAUCUUAGAAGAGGUCCACAUUCACUCCACCAUCGUGGGAAAGAUCUGGCUCACCAUCCUCUUCAUCUUCCGCAUGCUGGUGCUCGGCGUGGCCGCCGAGGACGUGUGGGACGACGAGCAGACCGAGUUCGUCUGCAACACGGAGCAGCCCGGCUGCAAGACCGUCUGCUACGACCAGGCUUUCCCCAUCUCCCUCAUCCGCUACUGGGUGCUGCAGGUCAUCUUCGUGUCCUCCCCGUCCCUGGUCUACAUGGGCCACGCGCUGUACCGCCUGAGGACCCUGGAUAAGGAGAGGCACAGGAAGAAGGCCUCCCUAAAAGCCGAGCUGGAGGGGACGGACCCCGUCCAGGAGGACCACCGUAGGAUCGAGCGGGAGCUCAGGAAGCUGGACGAGCAGAAGAAGGUGAGGAAGGCGCCCCUCAGGGGCUCGCUGCUGCGCACCUACGUUUUCCACAUCCUGACCAGGUCCGUCGUGGAGGUGGGCUUCAUCAUUGGCCAGUGCGCUCUGUACGGCAUCGGGCUGUCUCCCCUCUACAAAUGCGAGCGGUUGCCUUGCCCCAACAGCGUGGAUUGUUUCGUGUCGCGGCCGACGGAGAAGAACAUUUUCAUGGUUUUCAUGCUGGUCAUCGCCGGGGUCUCUUUGUUCCUCAACCUCCUGGAGAUCUUCCACCUGGGGGUGAAGAAGAUCAAACAGAGCCUGUACGGAUACAAAUACGGGGACGACGACAGCGUGUGCAGGUCGAAGAAGAACUCCACGGUGCAGCAGGCGUGCGUGCUCAACAACUCCUCGCCGCAGAGGCUGAUGCAGCUCACGCACAUGUCCUGCCCCCGGGUGUCGGACGCUCACAGGAAGCCUUCGGACCCCCAGUGCAAGGAGGGCCCGGCCCACCGGGCGCCCUCGUGCAGCAGCGACGAGUCCACCGGAGGCCGAGGAGCCCCGGGCCGGCCGCAGUACGCGGGGCCCCGGCCCACCCUGAGUGCCGGCCACAUGGAGAUCCCGGCUGCCCUGAGGAACCCGCAGAGGAAGCACAGCAAGGUGAGCGCCUGCAAGGAGCUGAGCGACAUGAGCGAUUCGCCCGAGAGCGACUACCACCCCACGGGCAGGAAGUGCAGCUUCAUGUCCCGCGGGAUGUCGGAGAGCAAGCUGGCCUCCUCGUCCGACAGCGCCGACUCCCGCAGCUUAGGGGACGUCGAGGCCCAGCACUUCAACCAGGGGGAGAGUCCGGCGGUGACACCGCCACCUCCGUCGAGCGGGAGGAGGAUGUCCAUGAGCAUGAUAUUGGAGCUGUCUUCCAUCAUGAAGAAAUAAAUGGAAAAUGACCCGUUUUGGGAGCAAGCAAGAGGAAAACAAGAGUUGCAGUGGAGCGACGGAUCCUGCUUGCAAAGGGAGCCUCAUCCCGUCCCUCAACUAAACCUUUGUGUCUGCAGUUGGGAUGAGAGUUUGUUUGUGUGUUGUUGUUGUUGUUGUUUGAUGUCUCCAGCGCCUAAAUAGUUUUUAAUUAACAGUUUGCGAGCACCUUGCUAAGUGACUGAAAUUACUUGACUGAAAAAUCGGCUGCAAAGUUAUUCGACUUAAAGAUUGUAAAUAAAGAUUGUGGAAUUGGCAACCGACAGAACCAAAAGAAAAAGGUGAGGAAACGUAUCGCACGUUUACGGUUUGUCAUACAGAAAGCGUGGGAUGCUGGGGGAAGCCCGAUAUCCUUCUUUGAUUAUAUCUCACUAAUUUAAGCUUUUAUUGCGGAAGGUUUGUUUUUUUCUAUUACAGAUGUUUUCCUCUUCAGCAGGGCCAAUACAUUUUGUCUUGAGUGUGAGAAUUCCCUUUUAUACUGUAAAGAUACAGUGUGUUUUUAACCAGCCACUGCCGCCGCCUGGACACAGUCAAGUCAGCUACUUGGUCGCCCUCUGAAAAAACAAUUGUCCAAAAUAUUUCCUUCUCUUUGGCAUGAUGGGUAAAAUGAAAACGGACCAAGCACAUGAGGACGUCUACUAUUCCCUCCAGACAACCAUUGAGGAAAGAAGAUGACUUCCAGGACAGUGGGGAAAAAUACCGACAGACCAGCCGGUUUGCUUUCCGCCCGUGACCUUCAAUGACCUCUAGUCACCUGCUGUCUGUGGCCAAUGAGGAAGAUCUUUGGAACCAACGCCCCUUUAACCAGCUGCCAUCAAUCUCUGCAUCUCCUCUCAAGUUAGUCAGCUUGUGUAGUCGGUGAACAAAGUAAACAAAGUGAAUGUGCUCCCUGACAGCUGCCUUUAGCGCAUUGUUCAGUGCCUGCAACAUUACUAAAAAGAUUAAU